AUGACUGGAGAUGUCGGUGGAAGUGGGUCUGGUGGAGAUGCCUCUGGCUCAAAUAUUCCUUCAUUAUCUGGCUCCUUCGGUGCUCUUCGCCGACGGAAGAAGGACGUCGUUACUAGACUUUUACAAGCCUCUAGCUCUCGAAAACGUCAUUCGCUCCCAUCCGGGAUUCUUCCUUCAUUGCUUCCACAACUGAUACCUUUACCAACGGCAUCAUGGCUCAUUAAGUCCCCCCUCCCAGUCCGCUAUCCUCUGUCAGCUUCUUUUUUUAUUUCUGGCCCAUCCGCAGGUAUUUGUGAGCUAGAAUUUGUUGCUUUCAUUGUCGUUGCUGCUGCUGCUUUUAAUUCCUAUAAUACGGCACGAGGUUUGGCUGGUAAUAUGAGGGAUUUGGUCUAUGUCCUUGUAGGGCAUGAAUUACUUAUAACCUAUUUUUUCUCUACAAUUAUUUGA